AUGGCAUCGCCCGGUACGGUCGAGCCUACAGCUAGGUCAGUACCUGGCAGCUCGAGAGAGCUAUACGCGGUUCUCGGCGAGGUGAUCCCAGGGACACCACCAAGCCGGGCAUGCCGACCCGAAACUGCCGAGUUUGCGCGCUUCACCAAGCAGCAGGCACGGCCGCUCUGGAACAGGGCCGUCGCUCGUAUGGAGGCGACCCUCCCGCUCGAAGAGGUUGCAAUCCUAGCAGAGACGGACCCCAUCAGACACAUGCGCCUCGUUCAGACCUUGGCCAUCCUUUUCUAUGAGAGGGAAUGUGUCGGCAAGAGCCUGGCCAGAUAUGGAGUGCCGGUCUCGCCGAUCAUGAUGGCCAAACCAUCCGGGCAGCGUCUCACAAAACGAGUUUCCGAGGUCCUGGGGUGGCCAGCUACGCAAUCAGCGCAUUCGCUAGCGAGGCGGCUCAAGCCGAACGAGCUCAGGGACAUCCUUGAGUAUCUCCUUUGCGUCGAUUAUGGUGUCAAGCGGCCGAACAGUCUGGAUAGUCUUGGCGAGAAUAGCUCGAGGAGCUUCGCUUAUGUCGCGGCGCUUCUUUUUGAGUUUAUCGAGCUUUGCGAUCAGGCAAAGCCUUCGCUCGAAGAUUUGAUAGAAAUUCAAACCGCCUGUGAUACCAUCCACGUUUGGGCUCAAGGGGCUCGACUCAACGCAACAGACUUGGCAAUGAUUAUGUUGAAUUUUCACCUCUGCUCCAGCCUGGUCACGCCGAAUUGCAAGCGUGUCGAGGAGUUAAUAGCGCCGAAAGAUGUUUCUCUGGCCCCAGGCUUGGUGGCUUUCAUUCCCGACCAUGGUAAAUCCUGCCGCCAUGGACUGACCACAUAUUCGGGCUGUCUAGGACGAUUGGUCGACGCGCUAAAGUACGGGUCGGGCCAUAAAUUUGUUCCCGGCGCACGGGAACGACUUCAUCGCAAGCUCUCCGUUGACCUGAACGAAAUAAUCCCGUCCAUGGUCUUCGACGGCCAGCGACAGGAUGCCAUGGUCCGAAUCUUAACAGAGCUCGCCAGGACGCACAACAUAGCGCCCCUCGCUCUGGACCAGGCCUACCCACUGCUGGUGCCAGAACCCGAUGCCGCCCCAAGUGUUCUAGAUAAUAUUGGCAAUAGACUUGCUGGGGUCGCGCUGAGCUAUCUGACUGGCAAUUCAAAGCAGAAGAAAACCGGUGAAGAUGUCCAGAAGAUUUCGUCAGGAGCCGGCGAGACAAGUGGUCAACAGAGCCGCCAGGAUGUGCCGACUGUUCAAUCUUCCUACCGUGCUUGCACCGCUGCCUUUGAGAGGGUUGGCCGGUGGAUAUUGGAAGAACGUAGCAAGCAAAGGCAAGACCAAGAAGAGGAACUCACGCACGAAUUAGACCAAGAGAAUCUUCAGCUGCGAAAACCAGAACCAUGCGCAAGGGAUGAGCGGGAGUCUGAGGAACUAAUGAGAUGGCAAAUGAUUGACAAAGAGGAGGUUGAAGAUAAGGACUCUAUUGAGAUGGAUCCAGAAGACGUUAUGGUCACGGACACAGAUCAAGCACAGGCAGCUGCAUCAGCUAUCGAAGAUAGAUGCGCAAAGAAUAAACAUAAAGAUGGUGAUGGGGGGUAA